AUGCCUCACUUCUCAGACUCAGUGAAGCUCAAGUAUGUUAAACUUGGCUACCAAUACCUUGUGAACCACAUCAUAACCCUUACUCUCAUACCCGUCAUGCUUGGAAUCUCCAUAGAGGCACUUCGCUUAGGCCCACAUGAAAUCCUCAACCUUUGGAAUUCUCUUCACCUUGACCUCCUUCAAAUCCUCUCCUCUGCCUUCCUUAUUAUCAUCAUCGCCACCAUCUACUUCAUGUCCAAGCCACGCACGAUCUUCCUAGUGGACUACGCCUGCUUCAAGCCACCCGUCACGUGCCGUGUCCCUUUUGCCACCUUCAUGGAACACUCGAAACUCAUACUCAAAAACAACCCCAAAAGCGUGGAGUUUCAAAUGAGGAUUCUAGAAAGAUCUGGCCUUGGAGAAGAAACAUGUCUCCCCCCAGCGAUCCAUUACAUCCCACCCAAACCCACCAUGGAAGCAGCCAGAGGUGAAGCUGAACUUGUGAUCUUCUCAGCCAUGGACUCGUUGUUCAAGAAAACGGGUCUCAAACCAAAGGACAUAGACAUUCUCAUAGUGAACUGCAGCCUCUUUUCUCCAACACCAUCUUUAUCCGCCAUGGUGAUCAACAAGUACAAACUCAGAAGCAACAUCAAGAGUUUUAACCUCUCGGGAAUGGGGUGCAGUGCAGGCCUUAUUUCUAUCGACUUGGCACGUGACCUUCUCCAAGUCCACCCUAACUCAAACGCUGUCGUUGUGAGCACGGAGAUCAUAACCCCCAACUACUACCAAGGCAAUGAGAGAGCCAUGCUUCUUCCAAACUGCUUGUUCAGAAUGGGUGGUGCUGCCAUUCUCUUAUCCAACAGAAAAUCUGAACGCAAGAGGGCUAAGUACAGAUUGGUCCACGUGGUUCGAACUCACAAGGGUUCUGAUGACAAAGCAUUCCGUUGUGUGUUUGAAAUGGAAGACAAAGAAGGGAAAGUGGGGAUUUCACUUUCCAAGGACCUUAUGGCCAUAGCAGGAGAAGCAUUGAAGUCCAACAUAACUACCAUGGGACCUCUCGUGCUUCCUGCUUCGGAGCAGUUACUUUUCCUUUUCACGCUUAUUGGAAGGAAAAUCUUCAACCCCAGAUGGAAGCCUUACAUCCCUGACUUCAAACAAGCGUUUGAGCACUUCUGCAUCCACGCUGGUGGUCGCGCUGUGAUUGAUGAGUUGCAGAAGAAUCUUCAGCUCUCUGCUGAACAUGUUGAGGCUUCGAGGAUGACCCUGCAUCGGUUUGGGAACACCUCUUCCUCCUCGCUCUGGUAUGAACUGAACUACAUUGAGUCUAAGGGGAGAAUGAAGAGAGGAGAUAGGGUUUGGCAGAUAGCAUUCGGAAGUGGGUUUAAGUGCAACAGUGCUGUGUGGAAGUGUAAUAGAACCAUUAAGACACCCCUUGAUGGGCCUUGGAGUGAUUGCAUUGAUCGCUACCCAGUUCACAUUCCUGAGAUCGUUAAGCUCUAG